CCAGCUGGGAGGAGCUGAGGGAAACUACAGGACUUACUGCAGUCCACAUCUGAGAGACCUUGUCACUGUGCCUGCAGCCUGGUCAGAGAGGAAGUUUUAUCUGUGCACCCCUUCAGUGAGGAUGAACAGUUCUCACACUGCGAAGUCCUGUAUGCUCAUCCUCCUUGUGGCCCUACUGUGUGCAGAAAGAGCUCAGGGGCUGAAGUGCUACAAUUGCCUGGGGGUCCCACUUGAGACUUCCUGCAAUACAACUACCUGCCCCUACUCUGAUGGAUUCUGUGUUACUCAGGUGGCAGAAGUUGUGGAUACUCACACAAACAAAGUAAAGAGCAGCAUGUGUUUUCCCUCCUGCCCUACUUAUCCGGAAAAUACGGAGAUCCUGGGAAUUACCAUCAAGUUGAAGACUUCCUGUUGCAAGGCAGAUCUCUGCAAUGCAGCCGUUCCCACAGGAGGCGAGAUCCUGGGUACUACCAUCAAUGUGAAAACGUCCUGUUGCAAGGCAGACAUCUCCAAUGCAGCCCUUCCCACUGGAGGCUGCACCUGGACCAUGGCAGGGGUGCUUCUGUUCAGCCUGAGCUCAGUCCUCCUGCAGACCUUGCUGUGAUGGUCCUUCCAGUGACCCCUCCCUUGUCCUUUUAUCCUCAUGUGUAAGCACUACUUACUGGAGGCCUCUAGUGAUGACUUAUAUGUUAUAGAAACUCCAAGGUGAGGGUAGUGAGUGGAACAUCUUGUGUCAACUUUAUAGCCUCUUCUGGGUAGGUGCCCCACUCCUUACUAGGGCUUUCAGAUCUGUACUUCCUAGAAUGCCAUUUUGUUGUGGCUUGCUGCUCUUCACUGUGGAGACACAUGGCCAGCACCCUGAAGAGACAGAAUUCCAAGGUAUUAUGCCAUUACCAUCCACACAUAAGCAUCUGGGGUCCUGCAGGGUUGCCACGUGUGUCACUAAUGUACCCUGUUGAAUCCAAUAAACCCUUUGUUCUCUUAGCCUA